AUGGCCGGCGUCGGAAGCUCCGGCGAGGGCACGCAAGUGCACGGUGAGGAGCUCCGGCGAGGAGAUUGUCGUGGGUCGGUAUGGGCCUGCGUCGCGGAGGCUGCGUCGGGGCGCUCGGAUCACGAGCUUCAGCCGGCGGGGGCGCUGCAGGACGGCGGGAGGCCUCGGGUGGCUGCAAUGAGGCUCGGCACCGGCGAAAGGGAAGCGUCGAGCCGGGUUCGGGACUUCGUCGUCGGGGACCUCGGAUUUGCAGCGAGAGGGACUCCGGUGCUUGGAUCUCGACUCGGCUGCGACUGGGUCACCGGUGGCUUGGGAUCGACGGCGAGGUGGUGCGGGCCGCGGGGAGACGCCGGGGCGGAGGUGCGAGGCUCGGGCGAGGCGGAUCACCGGCAAAGUGGACACACAGCAGCGAACGGGGAGUCACUGGGGGAAGACUCAGAUCGGCACGGCGGCUUCGUCAGGGCGGAGCGAGGCGCUGGGGGCUGGCUGAAGCGUCGCGGGCCGAGGGCUGAACAAAGAACGCCGGGCGGAAAGGACCGCGAUCCGACUCGGGUCCAGCUGGCGGAGGCCAACGGGCCGAGCCUGCAAGUCCGGGCGAGGCGGAUGCGCGAGCGUCGGGGCUCGUGGACGGAGACCGGCGGCUACGUCGGCGCGGGGAAGCGGCUCGGUUGUAGCACGGCUCGGACUUGCUCGCGGAGAGUGGAGCGUCGAGGCUUCGGGUCCGUCGGGCGGGGCGCCGAUCGAGGUGGAGGCACGCGACGGAUCGGCGACCGGCCUGCGUCGGGGACUGGUUGCGACCGCAGGAGUGGCUCGGCGUCGGGUCAUCGGAGAUGCGGUGCCGGCACGGUGGUGGCUCGGGCAGCAGGGGAAUCAGGCAUUGGCCUGGGCUGGGAGAGGCGGAUAUGCAGCAAAAGAACCCUUUGGAGAAGAUGA